UCCGCUCGCGUUGUACAGUUGUGUUUCGGUUGCCGAGUAGGCCAGUGGAUAUUUAUACCUCACGCGUAUUAUACACAGUGCUCACUGUAAAAAUAUCGAUCAUCGAAAAUGAUCCCUACGUUUCUACUACUGUUCGUGGUCACGCUGAUAUUGUACGGCUUUAUCUCGACUAUAAAGCCGAGAAAGUAUCCGCCGGGUCCAGUAUGGUUUCCAUUUAUCGGAAGCAGUGGUAUUUUGCAGAAGAUGACAAAGAAGUAUGGAUCGGAAUGGAGAGCUUGUUUAGAACUAUCCAGACAGUAUUCCACGAAUGUGUUAGGCAUGAGAUUGAGCACAGAACUAUUAGUUGUCGUUUUUGGUGAAAAAAAUGUACGUCAAGUAUUCAAUGACAAAGAAUUUGAUGACAGGCCUGAUAAUUUCUUUGCGAGGUUACGUUGUCUUGGAUAUAAGAACAAGGGUAUAACAUUCGCUAACGGAGAAGUGUGGAAGGAGCAUAGACAGUUUGCAGUGAAAAACCUAAAACACGUUGGUUACGGCAAAACUCUAAUGGAAAAAGAAAUACAAAAUGAACUGUCCAGUUUACUGAAGCAAAUAAAGGAGAAUAACGACAAACCGAUUAAUAUAGUUAAUUUAUUGAGCGAAUCUGUGAUUAACGUGUUAUGGAAAUUUGUGGCAGGCGAACGUAUAAAAGAAGAGAAACUGAAACAUUUAUUGGAUCUUUUUAGGCAGCGAGGGAAGGCUUUUUCAGUUGCCGGAGGCAUGUUAAAUCAAAUGCCUUGGUGUAGAUUCAUUAUACCUGAAUUGAGUGGGUAUUCACUUAUAAAAAAAUUGAACGGAGAAAUCUCCCAAGUUAUAGAGGAAGCUAUUGAAAAACAUAAAAAUAAAGAAGUAGAAGGUCAUGAUUUUAUAUAUAAGUUCCUAAACGAGAUUAAUGCGAAUAAAAAUGCGACAUUUACAGAGGAACAAUUGAAAAUAGUAUGUUUGGAUUUCUUUAUUGCGGGCUCACAGACAAGUAGUAACUUUCUGGGCUUCGCUUUUCUCAAGGUGUUAAAAUCUCAAGACAUUCAGGAGAAAAUUUUUAACGAAAUAGACGCAGUAAUAGGAGAUAGACCACCAUGUUGGAAUGACAACGAAAGAUUGGUGUACACAUCAGCAUUUAUUCAAGAAGUCCAUAGAUACUACCCUAUAGUUUGCAUGGCCGGUCCUAGGUCCCUUCAAGCAGAUACAUCUAUUGACGGGUACCGUAUACCUAAAGGUGCCACAGUACUCAUGUCUUUGGCUGAUAUAUACUUUGAUCCAGAGUUGUGGGACGACCCAAAUGUGUUCAGACCUGAAAGAUUCAUUGAUGAAAGUGGAAUGUUGAAAAAUUCAGAACACAUAUACCCAUUUGGAUCAGGCAGGAGACGCUGCCCUGGGGACUCUUUAGCGAAGUCGUUCAUAUUCAUCACGUUCGUGGGUAUACUUCAAAAAUACAGGAUUCAUGUCAGCAAUGGCACGGUACCAUCCGACAUACCGGUCAUAGGCAUAUUGUCUUCGCCGAAACCCUACACAGCUGAGUUUACAUUAAGAAAAUUUAAUUAAAUACAUUUCAUUUUUAUUUGUGUAAUUAUUUAAAUAAACUUUAUUUCAUUA